AACGAUAUCUGGAAGUCUGAAAACUGAAAUCAUGAAGUAGCGUUUUGGGGUUUUGUAUUUCUUCAUUUUUUUUUUUUUUUCUGCAAAAACGUGCCUUUUUAAUGGAAGAAUGAAUCGCGAAUAGGCCUAUAGGCUAUAUUUCAAUGAACUUUACCAGCUGGAACUCAUGUACCCUCAUCAUAACGGGCUUUGUGUAUCCCAACUUGAGAAGCGAAAACGAUACUGAAUUCACAGCUUUUAGGACUAUUAAGCUAAUUCUUCGAAAUGGUCUUUGUUUCUACUUGGAUUUUCAUAGUUUAAAAAAAACGCAUUUUUGGAUUUCAUCAAACAAACGCGCUCUACUAAAUCAUGAGGAGUUUUUUGAUCGGAUAUUCAGGGAACUGUGAAUAUGAUUCAUAAAUCUUUCUUCUUCUGCCUGUGGAUUUGGUUCUCACGUGGUGUGUUUGGUGUUCAUAUGGAUGAAGUGAAAUCAGUGUCAGUGAUGGAGGGAGAUUCUGUCACUCUAAACACUGAUGUUAAAGUACAGAAGGAUGAUCAGAUACUGUGGGUUUAUAGACUUGGCAGUUCAGAGACUCGUAUAGCAGAAAUCCACAGACAGAGUGUUUAUAUGCAUAACAGUAAUGUGACAUUUGGUGGCAGACUGAGAAUGGACAGUCAGUCUGGAUCUCUGACCAUCAGAAACAUCAGAACCACAGACUCUGGACUUUAUAAACUGAGCAUCUUCAGCAGAAAUAUCUCCUACAGGAGUUUCAGUGUUAAUGUCUAUGCUCAUCUACCGAUUCCUGUCAUAAUCAGAGACUCUUCAAACUGUUCAUCAUCUUCAUCAUUUGAACGUUCAUCAGUGCCCAAAUGUUCACUGCUGUGUUCAGCUGUGAAUGUGAGUCAUGUGACUCUCUCCUGGUACAAAGGAAACAGUUUAUUGUCCAGCAUCAAUGUGUCUGAUCUCAGCAUCAGUCUCUCUCUAUCUCUGGAGGUGGAAUAUCAGGAUAAAAACACCUACAGCUGUGUGAUCAACAAUCCCAUCAGCAACCAGACCAAACAUCUAGACAACAUCAGUCAACUCUGUCAGACUCACACAUGUUCAGAACUGAAGUCAUCACAUUGGGUGGGAAUAUUGGUUAGUUUAGUGAUACUGGCUGUAUUAGCUGUGGCGGCAAUAAUCUUUUUCAGAAGGAAGAGCAAACAAGCACAACCACAAAAUGAAACCUCAGCUUUUACCACAGAUGCUCAGAAAAGAGCCGUUUGCGCUUAUGUGUCAAAGCAGUAGCUGUGUCAUCCUGUGCUGAUAAAGCUAAUGGAGAAGACCACAUCAUAUACUCGAGUAUUAAUCUAACUUGACAUAUUCAUUGCAUGUCCAUGUUAAAAAUGCUGUUUUUAUUUUAUUUGAGACAUUUUUCUCAACAUUUUCUGUGACUAAUACAAAGCACAGUGUUAUCCAUUUUAGUCCUACAGUGACCUUCCAUCCUGCUCUAACUUGUUUUGCAGUUAGCUGCUUACCUGUUAGACAAGACAUGUGCAUGCAAGCUCAGCUCCAUUAAUGGAAACAUUCCACCCUUCUUUGAGAUUUUAACUGUGAGCUCAAUACAUGCUGUAUAUUAUAAGCACACAUACACAAUCAUAUUACUCUCAAUUAAGUCAAUUGCUGUAGCACUACACAUCAACCUUAACAAAAACUGCUUUCAGCUCUUUUAAAAAUGUCCUGACGGGGACGUGGCCGGAUUUUCCUACUUUUUUAUCUCUACCUGAUCACAUGCCUGAUAUAUAUAUAUAUAUUUGUACAUUUUGUGUACAUUUUUAUAUAUGUUUUGUAUGUUUUAUUGAUAGAUUUUUGGACCAAUAUUUUCUUAAAUGUGUUAUUUACUCUAUCUUUUAUAUUAAGACCAGCAUUUCUAAGCACCAGCUAAAAAUUUGGUUGUUUUCACAAGAUUAGUGUGAAGUUUGAAUUUAUCAUGUUUUGGACACCAUCCGGUUUCUGCUCUUCUGAUUCCUGUUCCAGCUGAGAAACUGCCAUUAAUAUGAAUGACAAUGCUAACAGAUAACUUGUGUCGUUUGCUCAUUUUAUAAAAAGUUAGUUUAGUUGUUAAGCUUGUCAGAUUGGACAUGUUCAUGAAAGCUGAGCUCAAUGCAGGAAUCUUUGCAUCCUUAAGAUGCUUGCUUUGAGCUCAGCAGGAAAAAAAAAAAUGCUUUUUAUGUAAAAACUGUUCUUAAAGUGCACUUAUCCUCAGUGUUUUGUGUAGUGUUCCCUACUCACACUUACAUGCUAAUACUAUUUUUAAGUCAUAGAGUAGUAACAUGUCAAUCUUAACAAAACCCUUUGGUAUUUUUUCACCAUCUAGUGAACACUCCAUGUGUAAACAUUGUUUAAUAAGUGUUGUGCCAAUAAAACUUUUCUAGCACAAAAUUUAA